UUUGUGUUUCUUUGCAGCUGGUUUUUGCUGCUUCUUUAUACACACAGAGGUGCUUGGGAGCUGCUGCCUCCAUAAAUGGGGGAGGAACAAGCCUGGAGAAAAGAGCUGCCUAGAAAAGAGUAGCCUAGCCCUCCGUUCAGAGGCAGCAGGUAGUCUUGGCUCAGCAUCGGUCUGAUCGGGUGGGAUUCCUGCAUUAAACACACAAGCAAACAGGACACCGUGCAUAGAAGUAGAGCUCAGUGUCAGAGAAGGGAGGAAGGCUAAUGUUGCUUCUUAUCCUACGGCAGAAAAGAAUAGGGCUGCUGGCACUGGCGUCUAGUUCCUUACUCUCAUGCUUGGGUAUAAAUGAUUUUGUUCUGACCCAUCCUUUUGUAGAUAGGGGGGAGGCAAAAUACAGCCCAUGGGAUGUGGCCUGCCAAAGGAUUUUAUCUGGGCUUCAGAGGGUCCCUCAGCCCGGGCCGUGGUGCGUGAGGCCACUACCACCACCCCCGGGUGCACGGUGGGGCUGGGGUGGCGCGGCAGCUGGAGCUUCCUGGCAGCCUUGCUGGUGGCAGCUCCCUCUGGCUGUCACUACCAGUGUCCCCACCGCCGCCGGACCUGGCUCUGCUGCCCAGGCACCCUGGCCUGGGGGUGCCAGAUGGAGCGGGUUGGUAGGUGGGCUCUUCGUGGAGACUGGUCUGGGACCCCUGCGGGCGAAUGAGAUGGGGCUGUGCGUAGGUGGGGAGUAGCUCCUGGGAGCAGGAUGGGCAGGCAGAGACAGAGCCGGGAUCGUGGGGCAGUGACAGCAGAGGAACCACGAUGCGGGGAGUGUGUCCCCACCCACCCAUGGCCCCAUCCCAUGCCCGCAGGAGUCCUGGGCUGGUCUCUAUGUGAAGACCCCACCUGGCCACCCGCUCUGUCUGGUGCCUCUGGGAGUGGAUGGGAUCUGGGGUGGAUAGGAUCAAUUGCCCCCCUGGUUUGCACCACUCCCUAGGCUGCACCUGGCCAGGUCAGCACACCACCCCGCCACAGCUCACCAAAACUCCCUAAGUGGCCCUCCAGCCCAAAUAAUUGCCCACCUUUGCUGUAGAUCAUGAUGGAUAUUGUUUAAGUGUAAGGGGGUCAGGGCUGGGUCUAUCGCAGCAGCCCUGACAGCUGGGUGUGUGCAUCCGAAAUCUGUUGAAAUGUUGCAGGUUUUUAAUUUAGUACAAGAGAAGGGCUAGGGCAACAGGCAGUUCUGUUUGGGGAAAGCCGGGAUGUGGUGCCUGGCUACUCCCUUAUGGACCAAAACCCUCAACAGGCUAUGGCAUUUUGAUCGAAGUCCUGGCCCUGCCUGAUGUGGGGGUCAAAUCCUGUUCAGCGUGGGAGGAUGAGGCACAUGCAACCCGACUGCCUUCAAAGCGCAGUGAUGGGUAUAGUGGGGGUCCCUCCCAAGGACCCAACAUUGGUUAAGCUGCCACAUCUUAACUUACCUUGGCUAGAUCGAAAUGACCGGGGCGAUUGCACUAUUAGAUAUAGAGCUUAAUUUUGGGAUGGGGAGUGACUAGCUCAGAGCAAGCUUGUUGGUUCUGGAUGUUGGAAGUGGUUUCCAGGAAGAGUAUUCAGAUUGGUGCAGGGUGAGAUGGUGCAAGGGUAUGGCUAGGAGCCUAGGACCUUGGCCGCAGCGAGGAAAGGCACAUGGAUAUUUGCUUUGUUGAGGAGAGGGACGGUGAGCUAAUAGAAGGAACUUAGAAACAUGGCCAAUUUUACUUAGUUUUAGUAAAAACACAAUCCGGUGUUUGGAAGAGAGCUCAUUAAGACUUAUGUUCAAAAUGGUUUAACAAUUAAAAAAAAAAAAAUGUCUUCAUUUUUUUCUUUUAGAUGUGGACCCAAACAUUUGAAGAGGUUUUUAUUAUUUAAUUUCUCGCUGGGAAGAGGUGGUAUUGUGGGUACACACGCUCAUCAGACCUGGUGUUUGCCAACUCAAUAGAUGGUUGGUGAUCUUCCAUUUUACUAAUGCAUUAAAAUGCAGGGCAAGUGCGUUUGUGGUUGUUUUGUCUGACCCCGGCUCCUUUUUCACCUCUUAGCACGUGUCAUGCAUUGCUUCUUACAUCCAGUGCAAGAGAAUUGUUCGCAUUUGGGCUCUGACCACGUGUCCCUCUUCAGAUGCUGUUACUAAGCGUGUGUUGCUGGUUAUGUUUCAGCGAUGUCUUGGCGCUGCCGAUCUUCAAGCAGGAGGAACCUCAGUUGUCUCCCGAGAAUGAAACCAAAGUGCCUCCAUUUCAGUAUGUUCUUUGUACAGCUACAUCCCCUGCCGUGAAGAUGCACGAAGAAACCUUGACCUACCUCAAUCAAGGUCAGUCUUAUGAAAUCCGUCUACUUGAGAAUAGGAAAGUGGGAGAGUUUCAAGAUUUAAACACAAAAUAUGUAAAGAGCAUCAUUCGUGUGGUUUUCCACGACCGGCGCCUGCAGUACACGGAGCACCAGCAGCUGGAAGGAUGGCGAUGGAGUCGUCCGGGGGACCGCAUCCUUGACAUAGAUAUCCCCCUGUCAGUUGGCAUCUUGGAUCCCAGAGCCAGCCCAACCCAGCUGAACACUGUUGAAUUUCUGUGGGAUCCAUCAAAGAGGGCGUCGGCAUUCAUCCAGGUACAUUGUAUCAGCACAGAGUUCACGCCACGGAAACAUGGCGGGGAGAAAGGAGUGCCCUUCCGGGUACAAAUUGACACCUUUAAGCAGAACGAGAACGACGAAUAUACAGAGCACUUGCAUUCGGCAAGCUGUCAGAUCAAAGUGUUCAAGCCUAAAGGGGCUGACAGGAAACAGAAGACCGACAGAGAGAAAAUGGAGAAGAAGACAGCACAGGAGAAGGAGAAAUAUCAGCCUUCUUAUGAAACCACCAUUCUCACGGAGUGCUCUCCAUGGCCAGACGUGCCUUAUCAAAUGAACAACGCUCCAUCUCCGAGUUACAACAGUUCUCCAAACAGCUUCAGCCUUGGAGAUGGCAACAGUUCUCCAACCCACCAAGUGGAGUUCCUGCCUCCCAGCAAUGACCAUCUCCUUCCCUCUGCUUCUAUUCAAGAUGCCCAGCAGUGGCUUCAUCGUAAUAGGUUCUCUCCAUUCUGUAGACUCUUCUCCAGCUUUUCGGGUGCUGACUUACUAAAGAUGUCCAAAGAAGACUUUGUUCAGAUCUGUGGCCCUGCUGAUGGAAUUCGGCUUUUUAAUGCAAUCAAAGGAAGGAAUGUAAGGCCUAAGAUGACAAUUUAUGUCUGUCAGGAACCGGAGCAGAACAGGUCUCAUCACAAACGGGAGAAUGGGGACAGUAAUCUGUGCGUGUAUCAUGCAAUCUUCUUAGAAGAGUUGACAACCCUGGAGUUAAUGGAGAAGAUUGCAAACCUGUACAGCAUUUCUACACAGCAGAUCAACCGGAUCUAUCGGCAGGGACCAACAGGGAUCCAUGUGUUAGUGAGCAAUGAGAUGGUACAAAACUUCCAAGAUGAAUCUUGUUUUGUUAUCACCACGUUGAAAGCUGAAAGCAACGAUGGCUACCACAUCAUUUUAAAAUGACCACUUGGCCUAGUGGGACUUUUCACAGCCUAAUAACGACAGUGCCUCACUGAGGAUUACUACCACCCAGACUGGAAACAUGAAGACCCUUUUGGAUAUAGUGCUCCCGUGAACUGAAACAAUACCAGAUGUCCUUGAGGAAGAACUAACCUUAUAGCCCAAUAGCUUUCUUAGGUUGGAGAUGAGCAUCUCCCAGAGUCUGUACAUAUUAUUUUUUCCCAUCACCCUACCCUUCAGACCCUAGAGUCAUUGAGGUCUCUAGUAAUUGCACAGAAACACCUAUCAUAUUCUAAAGGGAAAUGCAAAACAAUUGUCCAGCCCCUUCAUGGUUGGGUAUGGGUAGAUUGAUCUGUUAUAGUUUCUGAUGCCAUAUGAAACCAUCUAUGACACAACCAUAAUCUUGCUGGGCCAUAUCUGUCAUUCGCUGGGCUCCUCACAGAAGGUAGCGGUGACUACUGCUUUCUUUUACUAGAAGAGGUGACAGUGCUAGUGCCCCUCUUUGCAUAAUAACCUAGUGCUUGGAGUACUUCUCCAGGAUGUCAUGGUCCUGAGGUUUAAUUCCCUUCUCAGCCUUGGAGGUUUGUACUCCUAUCUUUCAUCUCCUAGGAGGGUGCCUUAGUCACCUUGGUACAGAGUCAGGGUACAUCCAUCUUUUUUACCCUUCUACUGAAACUGUGUCACGGUCCAGGAGAGUACCCGAAACUCACUGGGCUAGACAGCAUGCAUGACUGGUGAGAUAUUGGUGACUGGGGUACUCAGCGGAGGAGGAGGAGAUAGAGUUCAGGUCCCUGUUACCAAGGUUGCUUGUCUUGCACUCAACAGACCUGGAGUUAAAUCCACUCCCCUGAGCUUGGGGAGAUGUAGGUCCUAGUAUCUCAGGCAGAGAACGGAGUUGGACAAGGGUUGGUCACCAUGAAGUUAUUAUGCAAGAGGGACCAUUGGUACGACUGCCAUCACCUCCUCAGCCUUUUGAAAGGAAGGGAGCAAGCGCCUGCUGUCAGGGGCAGACUCCAGGUUGUGGAUCCGCAGUGGACAGAGAUGACUAGCAUCAGCACUAAGGCACUGGGGAGAGGGAAUCUGGUUUUAAGACCAACCCACGUCUUCAGCCUUUCCUGUUGGCUUGCACACGGUAGCUGGACACUGUAGUGGGCUGACACUAGGUGCCGACCAGUCGGUCGCGGCUGUUUGUGAUUCUUGCAUUUCUCCUCCAUCUUUCCCAUCCAGAAAAAAAUCCCGUAUAUUCUGAAUGAAUGGCUUAUCCUCUUACCUUCCCAUUCAUUUUGCCAACCAAGCAGGUUCUGGGCUAAUCCACUCCUUUUCUUGGUACCCUGCCAAAGUCUCCCCAGGCCCCUUCCCUCCCUGCUUGCUCAUUCAAUGGUGAAAUGUGCUUUCAAAAUAUUUUUGUAACUUUUUGUAGCUCUAUCCCAUUGUUACCCCACGAGGUGAAAGGGGAUUAUUCAUCAUUCGAGUGCGCUGUCAGCAACACUCCAUUCAGAAGAACUUUGCACAAAGAGAAAAUGCAUGCAUUACAAUGACUUUAGGGAUUCAAAUGAGGGGGAAAAAUCAGCUGGAUGGGAAACAGUUCAGCUGUUUCAACCACUUGAUACGUCCAGCUUUAGAAUAGCCUCUGUUGAAUAACUUUCAUUUUGAGGGCUUAUUUUUAAGACUGUAGACCCUUUUUAUCGCUAUAGAUUUAAUUCUGUUUGACAAAGCUUAUGUUAACUGGCACUUGCUGUAACUGGGAAUUAGAUUUUUGGCUGUAUCUUUUUAUUUUUCGAAGCUGUCCGCAAUAGCAAAUGCAAUUCAUUUAUUUGAAUCCAGGCUCAGGUAAACCAGCGCUUUGGGUACUGCUUCUUGCAUACAGCUGCUAUUUAUUUUAUUCUUGCUUCUUGUUCAAAAACUCAUGGUUAUCGUUGGCCUCUCUGGGCCCUUCUUGUAGUGUCCGCUGGACAUCCCCAUUUCUACGCCGCAUGACCUUUAUACUUUGGAUUUUGUUUUCGCCCUGAAGUGGGCUUAAAAGUUGAAAUGUCAAAUUUUUUUCAUGGAAAGAAAAGCUUGAUUAUAGGCCAGGCCAGGCCAGGAGUGCCGAAACCAAGUGUUUGGCUGUUUCCAACCUGAAAUGCUCAAUUGGAUGUUAAAGGAUGUGAGCUCGAGCCAGCAUGGAGGAUGGAUCAGAGUUGUCAUUUGCAUGCCUCCAUGCUCCCUUUUUAAUUAUGGGCUGAAUUCCCAUGAUGCACUGCAGUCAGAGGGAUAGCCCAGAGUGCCGAGUCAAAGGCCAGGUAGCUUGGAAAUCUCGACUGCAAUGUUCACGAGCUGCUAAAGCUCCAGAAUGAUAAAAUUCGGAUCCUGCAAAGACUUACGACUUGGCUUAACGCUUAUAAUCAACUUGUGUCGUGUGAGGUGAGCCGUUUCGGUUCAACACCUCUGCCCCUCCUCGCAGGGUCAGGGUUUGCAUCGGAAAGGAUACUACUUCCGGUAGGGAUUUAGGCACCUCUCCAGUUAUGAAUGCUGCCUCGCUACGGUCUAAGAUGUUUAAAUACAUAAAUAACAAUCUUAAGGGUCUGACUUGAACUAAGUCAUUAAGAGGAAGGAUUUGCUGUUCUGCCCAUCAUACUUUGGAUGCAGGCGCUGUAUGUGCUGUGUUGGGUUUGUGUCCUCGAUAGUGGUAUACAACUUCCACUCGUUCCUGGGGAAACCCGGUACCGUUUUGGUUGUAAUCUAAGCUGAGUUUGAAAUGGGGCCUCGAAUCUUUUUUUUUUUUUCCUCCCCUCUUUCUCUCAAAUUCGGUGGCCGUUUGAUACAAAGUUUUGCACUAGGAUAAUUUCCGUACCGUUUCAUUUUUUCACGUAGCUUUCAUUUAGUUUCAUUUCGUAGGUGGUUGAUAGGAAGUCACUGGCAUUCUGGGAUCCUGACUGCAUUUUUUCUUUUUGCAGUCCUACUUUAUAUUGUUGACCCAUCUCUCUUAAGACCCUUCUCCUUUUAUACCACACUUGAUUAAACAGAUCUGAUACAACAAGCGUGGUUUUUAAAUGUUCAUUGGACAGGUCCAAUUUUGAGUCUGAAAUGCUAUCGUGCAACAUGCUAUCUCUGAAAUGCUGCGACUGCAGCCAUCCCACAGUUGGAGUAAAGCAUUGUGAACAAUCAUUCUGAAUUUUCUGGGAAACAUCAUUCAUAAUCACACUUUAGCAUGCACCAAACUGUAUUUGCCCCAGACUGUUUCAUUUACCCUUGGUUAUUUUAGCAACCGAUUUUUGUUUGCAAGGAAGUACAUGAGACUGGUACCAAAAUACUGGCCUACAUGGAUUUUGUAACAAGACAGCGAUCUCUACCAGAAGUGUCUGGGGUUUGUUUUUUCCUUUUAAAUUAGAAUAUUUAUGCUACCUCUCUUCCUAGUUUGAAUUCCUUUAUAGAGGUAAAAAGCUGCCUUUGGUGUCAGGACGUUUUGCUCCCCUUCCCAUAUUGGAACAGGAUAUACCAGUACGAGCCCUCUUGUACCAGCCGUAGCAGAUUUGAAUUGUUUAACUCUUGAUUUAGCUAAAGCCACAUGACUCUUGAGUAUAGCCAAUUACUCCCUAAUUAUUCCCAAUUAAGCCCUAACUUAAUUGUUAAAGGAAUAACUGAGAUUCGUUGAGACUUGUCACGGCUCAGUGAGAUACUGCAGUUAAGGAAUCGGUGCAUUUGUACAAGUCUUUAUACAAUGUCUUGCAGCUAGCGUGGGGCAUUUUAAGACUAUCCUCCUGACUCCAGGGCUACUGCAGGUUGUCACACCUUUGCGUGACUUUGCAAAACCUGCACACUUCAAUGAUUAACACGCAGCAUGUUCUCAUGUGAGCCUGCACCUACUAACUAUUUUCUGCUAUACUGUUCCCAGACUGCACUGUAUGGAUGUGUAGGCCUUAAAUUCAUCCCAAGAAACACUACUCUGCAUAAAGACAGUGGCCCAAACCAAUGACCUAAGGUUAAAUGCAGGAUCCUGACAUGGGCCAAGAAAAAAGGUGCGUUUACCUAUACAAAGACAGAUUUCUUGGCUUUUUUUAUGUAUUGUAAAUAUGCAAAGGGGGUAAUCCUCCCACUAUGGUCCAAUUACUCUGAUCUUUUUGGAAUGGGUAAAAGUGCCUAAAAUCUUGUUUGUCCUCAGUUCUCUCUUAUUCUUUUUUUUUUUUCCAGUUUUUUUUUUUUUUUUUUUAACAUAACCAAAUCUCCAGUUCACUGUCAGGGGAAAUGAUUUUGCCUCUCUUCUCUUAAAUCUAGAGCUUAUAGAUGGCAUCCUGAACUUCUCUAGUACUUUGUCCCAGUACAAUCUGUGAUUCCUCUGCAUGUGAAAGGGGAGGGAAUCAAAACUACGAAUGAAAGCCAUGCAACACACUACAUGAUUUAUGAAAUCAUUUUGCAUAUUUAUCACGGAUCUGGUUUUGGGUAUGGGCUUCCGCUUUUGUAUCACACUCACUAUAACAUGAUACAAAAGCAGAAGCCCAUACCAAAACCAGAUCCAUGAUAAAUAUUCAAAAUGAUUUCAGAAGUCACAUUGUCCCCAGGCUUACAGAAUUAAGUCAGUGGGGACAAAUGCUUCUUUUUCAAGUGGUGAUGGGCAGAGCAUUCAUGAAAGCAUCUCGCUCUAUUCUCUAUGGAAAGUAUAGACAAAACUUCUGGAGGAAAAAGAGGGUAUCUUGAUCUUCUGAUUAUAAACGAGUGCCUUCCUUGUAAGAUGGUGCAGUGCCGGCAGUAUAGAAGUGAACUCCCCCGGUACCCACCUCUUGCUGUGUUAACUGGCCAGGACUUCAAUAGGUUGAUUUGCCCCUGGGGUAGGCUUUCCAGACCUGAGGGCAUGAAAUCUCAGUGUACACACGUGGAAGGAUUUUUUGCCUGUUGGUUUCUGGAAGGUGUUUGACGCAUGUAUACUAUACCGUAUAUAUAGACAUGUAUAUACGCUGGGUGUUUUGUCCUUUGGGCUUUCACUGGUACUCUGCUGUGUUUCAUUUCCAUUCACAGUCAGGAAUUAGUUGAUCCAGCUUGAAUACCUACCCGGUUCCUUUUGGAGAGAUCUUUCCAAGUGCAUUAUAUACUUGCCAUAGCUUGAAACGUGGUACACUUGAAACAGUUAGUGUACCUUUGAUGCCUUUCUUAAGAUACAAGCCCCGUGCCUUGCUAAAGACAAUCCACGUUUUUGACACUAUUGCUGUAGUUCUACAUUGCAGCUUUGGGAUGAUUUCGUUAAACGCAAUUAAAACCAUUACAUCGGGCAAUGUUUCAUAAACACGAGCUAUUUCCUAAAUGAAAUAGCCAUGUCGCAGCGAUGCUAGGCUGGUUGUAUUGCUUUGCUGUUUGGCUGCAAUUCUAGCAAUCCUGCGGAGGAUGACUGUGCUGGAGUGCUGAUUAUUAUUUGACUGUGCUUUCGAAGAAACAUUUGUGCUCCUAUUUUCUUUCCCCUCCGGCUUAUGAAAUGGUUAGCUUUCUGCUUCAUCUGCUAAUUCUUUUUUGAUAUAUUUUUUUUUUUCUUUGCAAAAAUCAUGGUCUGAUCUCACUCAGAGUAGUGCACAGUCUGCUGGGAUUGACAUCUUUUUAAUUUGGGUGAAUACCAGGCGACUGACUGGAUGUAUAGUUGAAUAUACUUGUCUAGGUUUAGAAGUGGGUUAAGUGAAUACCUUACUUUCUGUGCCUUUCAGAUUCAUAACUUCUUUUUUUUUAUAAUUCUCUAAGAUUUGUUCAGUCUCUCCAUGAGCUUUUUUUUUCCGUUGAAAUUUCUUUCUUAAAAGGCUUAUGUUUCUCCAAUAUUUGUUUUAGUUGUACGUCGUUGUUAUCCCAGUUGGGUUGGGGUAGGUGUUUCUGCUAAAGGGUGGUGGGGGUUACCUCUCUUCACUCACAAUGCAGCCAUUGGGGAUAUGGUAGAUGACAUUUGACCAAUUAAGAGUGGUUGGCAAGGGGAGGGGGACGGGCUAGCAGAGGUGGGUGGAGUGAAGGCUGGGGCGUACCAGUUGUAAGUCAUGCUGCCACACUGUUUUGGGAUUAUUUUUUUGUUCGUCAUUUGUUUUGUUUUUGUACGUGAAAUUUAAAAAAAAAAAAAAGCAUAUUUUGCACUGGCUAUUGAACUGUUGUGCAGAAGAAAAGAAAUCUGUCUCUAAAAUCUGUGCUCCAGUCAAAAUGCAAAUAAACUGGUUUGUAAGAAA